GAAAGGUAUUAGGCUGGAAGAUGCGAAGGUGGCUAGUAUAAGGGACUGACCACAACCUCAGACUGUUACUGAGGUCAGAUCUUUCUUAGGAAUGUGCGGCUACUAUAGAAACUUCGUGAAGAACUAUUCCACAGUCGCCUCUCCUUUGACUGAUCUAACUCGACUUGUCACGCCGUGGGACUGGAGUGAUGAGUGUGAGGCUGCUUUCAAACGAUUGAAGCAUGCACUCAUGAAUCAUGAAGUUCUUAUGGUGCCCGAUCCUCAGAAGCCAUUCAUAGUGACCACUGAUGCAAGCCAAUACGGCAUUGGCGCAGUGCUGGCUCAACAAGAUGGGAAAAAGUUGAGACCGAUUGAGUAUAUCAGCAAAAAGAUGCCAUCUAAGAAACAAGCAAAGUCCACCUAUGAAAGGGAACUCUAUGCUCUCUACAAAGCACUUGUCCAUUGGAGGCACUUUCUGUUGGGACGGUUUUUCUACUUGAGAACUGACCAUCAGACCCUCAAAUGGAUCAAGACUCAACCGGCUCUUUCUGAUGCACUCAAGCGCUGGAUUGCGGUCAUAGAUCAGUAUGACUUCAAGCUAGAGUAUAUGAAGGGAGAGUACAACAAGGUUGCAAAUGCGCUGUCCCGUAGAGCAGAUUACCUAGGGGCACUAGUUUCUGAGUUUGGUGUAUCUGAGGAACUAACUCAAUCGUUGGUGGGAGCCUAUCAGGAAGACCCUGUCACGAUGGACAUCAUAUGCAAGCUUCAGGCAAAAGACAAGGCCACAGAAGAUGAGUUUGUGAUGGUGGACGGGCUUCUCUUUCGUGAUAAGGCCGGAUUCAAAAGAGUUGUACAACACCUGCUGAGGCAUUACAUCAAGCCCAAUCAGGAUGAUUGGGAUGAGAAGUUGCCUCUCAUCGCCAGCCUGUACAACAACGCUGUACACAGCAGUACCAGCGUUAGUCCUAAUCAGCUGCACUUGGGAUGGAAGCCUAGAUCAACUCUGAACUUCCUCCUACCUGAAAACCGACCCUCUGCAACUCCAGGCACACUUGAGUAUGGUGUGCAGUAUGAGAAGUUGCUGCAGCAAGUUGUCGAGCACAUCAAGAAAGCUCAGCAAGCAAUGAUUGCUUCUGAGAACAAACAUCGUCGACAGUCCUCAUUUCAGGUAGGGGAACGUGUCUGGGUCAAGGCUAGUGAGCUAGGACAGGAAUUCGGAAUCUCUCGUAAACUAAUGCCUCAAUAUUUUGGUCCCUGGGAAGUCUUGGAUAUAGUUGGGGAUGAGAUGGAUGGUCCUACCUAUGUUAUCCGCAUCCCUGGUAACCUACGCACUCACCCAGUCUUUCAUGCCUCAAAGCUUGCACCUUUUGCUGAGACAGACCAAUUCCCUUCAAGGAGAUCGAUGCUGCCCCCAACCAUGGAUGGCCAAGAGGACAUCGACGACAUUGUGGAUCACAGAGACUUGCCUGUUCCAAAGCCGCUGGGUCGAGGAAGACCUCCCAAACCCAAGAGAGAAUAUCCCGUUAGAUUCAGGCAUCAUACGGAUCCAAAAGAAGAUCGGUGGUUCACCAGAGAGGAACUGAUUGACACAGCUUCUCAAGUGGUGGCAGAAUAUGACAGAAUGUUAAAAGGGAAGGCACCUGCGAAGUAAGCAUCUCAGCGGACUUUCAAAGCUAAGGGGGAUGGAAUGUGAGGAUUGAGCCCUCAGAGGGGCCUUGCCGUGGUAUACAUGUUCUGGGCCAAGGCCCCCAGCAAGCAUCGUGCCCGCCCUAAGUGAAGGCGGGCCAGCAAAUCAACGAGAGCCCUCUGU